GCACUUCGUUAAUCCAACUCAGCUGUCAAGCAUUUAAGCUUUUAUCCAUCAUGAAGAGGCAGUUCAAGCUGUCAGGUGCAGCAAACAAGAAAAGAAAAAAGGAGGAAGAGGAAAAACGAGUCCAAAGUAGAGGUAUUGGCUCUACGGGAGGCUGUUGAUGACCUGAAGACCCACUGUGCCUCCCUCGAGUCACGUCUGGACGCCAUUGAGACUACACUGCACAAUCUUGUUGUUGGUCAUGCCUCUACAGAGGUGACACUGGAUUCCGUAGUAGUCUCACCAAACUAUACUCUCUACGCUCUCAUCCUUCACUCAACGGUUUGAUGACUUCGCUGCUCGCUUGGGUGAGUUGAAUGGGCCUCCUCCUCCUCGUGUUGCUGCUCGGAUUAAAUCCUCCUUCUCAAGUUGCCGUUCUCCAAAGCAAAACAUUCGAUAGUCGGUCUCCUUUGCACAUUCUCUCUUGGAAUGCAUGUGGUGUGACCUCCUUCGACAAGCUGGCAUCCCUUCAGGCUUAUGUGUUACGUUACCAUCCACAAGUUGUCUUUGUACAAGAAGCUUUCAUUGGCCAUCAUGGCCAUCCAGACGUUCCCUCUCUACCAGGAUAUGUGUCUUACGUACACAGGGUACGGAAUGGUCUACUUCCUUACAUGCAUUCAUCUCUUCCACACAAGCUCCUUCGCUGCUCCACUAAUGACACCACUACUUUCCAGCUCUUUAAAGUGACUAGAGGGACUGGUUCACUUCAUCUCUGUAAUGUAUAUUGCCUCCCACUUGGACUUUCUCCAGCAGCUCUCCCUCCUCCUGCAGUCCAGGAGAUGGUCUACAUGGGGGACUUUAAUGCACAUCAUCCAGAGAUGAGUGAUGUUUCUCCGAUCCCAAACCGGAAUGGGCGCCUCCUCCUUCAGUUUAUCAAGACUAAUCACCUCACUCGCUGGGUCACUGGUGGUGCUACACAUUCUCGUGGAGGGACACUAGACCAUAUUAUCACAUCAGGUUUGGUAGCAGCACACGUUACCUGUUCCUCCGUCCCUGCCAUGUUUUCUGAUCAUGUAGCACUCAGCUUCAGGUAUUCACUUCCAGUGCAAUCUCCUCCAGCCCAUCAUCGGCUGCGCAUCUCAAUUCCCCUAAGUAUUGCUCCACUUACGUCGCCUACAUGUACGCCUGUCUCACGAAAUUCAAUCUUCAGUCACCAGCUUCCCUUUACUCCUCUUUGGUUACAUUAACGCACGACUUCUUUACCUGCUAUGUUUCCAGGCCUCAUAUUAAGCGUUUCUGUGGCUCUACCACCUGGACCAUCGAUGACCGCAUUUUCCUGGCUGAGAGGACAGCAGUGGAGGAAGGGCGCCGUUUUCAACUGGAUCCGACUCCUGAUAACCUAUGCAGAUAUCAGUCUUCCAGGGAUACACUGGUGGCUCUUCAAGGGAGCGUGAGGACAGAGUCGUGGCACAAAUUCACUGAUCACAUUAAUCAAGGAACCAGUGUGGGUACUAUGUGGUGGCUUAUUAAUAGAGUGGUCCAGAGGAAGCCUGCCAGCGCUCUGCAUCACAGUCCGGGUGAGUUUGCUCAGGAGCUUUUUGAUGCCUGGGCUAUACAAUCCACUGUGGAUAGUCUACCUGUUCACAUCCAGGAAGCUCUCUCCGCUCAAGCUGGUCGUCGUACUCUCCGUUUGAUGGCAGCACUGUUAGAAGUGGAUAACGAGGAUGGCGUUCUGAUAACUCCAGAGGAGCUGCGUCGUGCUUUGGCUAGGGGUAAGGCGACUUCACCAGGAGAUGAUGGGAUCACAUAUUCUGUUCUCCGCUUACUUCUUAAGGUUCCUGGUAACCCUCUCCUUCAGCUAUAUAAUUUGUGUCUUUCCGAAGGAUAUGUACCCCCAGCCUGGACUUCUAGUACUAUUUUUCCUAUUCCUAAGCCUGGCACAGAUAAGUUUCGACCAGUUUCUCUCACGUCUUGUGUCUGCAAGGUUAUGGAAUGCAUCCUUCUCAUCCGGCUGGAAGCAGAGCUCUCCCCUUGUCUGUUAGGCUUUAUGACACGUCAGGGAUACGCACCACUGCCUUGUUGAGCUUUAUUCCCGCCUUUCUUCCAGCAGUGUGGUUGCCUUCAUCGAUCUGAAGGGAGCGUUCGACGUUGCCAACAGGGAGAUUAUUUUGGAUCAACUAGUGGAAUUUGGAAUUAAGGGGCGUCUUUUGAAAUGGAUCCGUGGAUACCUUAGUAAUAAAUUUUCCCAAGUUUUCUAUCAUGGUGCUUACAGCUCCUUUAAAAGCUUUUCUCUAUGUACUCCACAAGGUGGGGUGCUCAGCCCAUUCUUUUUCAAUGUCUGCAUGCAUCGUUUGAUCUCUCUGCUGCCUGAAAUGCCUGGUGUAACUAUCACCUGUUAUGCAGAUGACAUAUGUAAUCACUUUACCACUCCGGGUGCCCUCCAUACCUACCUUCACUCAUUCCAUCUUUCUGCUACAGCUUGUGUAUUUACCAUCUCUCCUAUGAAGAGUCGGAUCUUCACUACCAUCAAUCCUGCUCUCUUGCCACAACUCUCUAUAGGGAACUGUGUCAUACCACCUUGCUGGCAAUAUCUUUACCUCGGCGCUCCAGCUCACAUCCCGCGCACUACUACUCCUGGCUAACGAUCUCUUCCUUUUGGUGCAAGAUCUCGUCCUACGACUGCAGAAACGCCUUGCUCCACUUCAAUGCUGCCAAAUAAUGUCACUGGUAUCUCUAUUCCGGUCGCACGCACUAUUUAUGUUUCUUUCAUUCCGUCAGUCAUCCAUUACCUCUCCCCGGCUCUUAUUCAGAUCCCAAAAUCUUCCUUACAGCCUCUUGAGCUCUUUCAGAAUAAGAUCAUGAGAGUCAUCCUUGGAUGCCCUUUAUCGAUCCAGGUUGCCAAUAUGCAGGCUGAGCAUAAUCUUCCUCCUAUUGUUGACAGAAUCACUAGCAUUGUGACAAGACUCACUGCCAAGUGCCUGCAUUCUCCCAAGCUCGCCCCGCACUACUCACAGGUUAUCCGUCGUGCCAUCACUCGAGCCCCUCGCUUCCCUGCACUCCAGGCUGGUGGAAAACUUCUCGUCAAGACAGUCAGUAUCGUCCUUUGUGGCUUGGAUGCCGUCAUUCCUGUAGAAGAGGACGUUCCCCAUUCCCCGCCAUGGUUGAUGCCUGUUCCUGAGGUCCACUUCACGCCCACGUCUACUGCAGCCCAUCCAGCUCUACAGCGGCAGCUAACACUGGAAACAAUAUCCACUGUGUCGUCUUCUUUUCCUGUGCCAUGUCUCCUGUACAGUGAUGGAUCCUUACAAUCUGAUGGGCGGGCAGGAUGUGCCGUCUUCUCAGAAGAUAUGGAUGCUCCUCCAGAGGGCUGGGUGGGGAGGAGGCUACUGGCAUACUCUAGUUCCACCUUUUGUGAGCUGAGUCGCCUCUUCGAUGCAGUCAGUCUUAUGUGUCAGCAUGGCCUUAGUGGGGUGGUUGUAUGUGACUCGCAGUCUGCUCUCCAGGCCCUUUCUAGCACUCGCUCUACGCUCUCUAUUGUCGUUACCCGUAUACUAAGUUACUUAGCUCUUGGUCAUGACCACUCUCUGAAUAUCAAGUUUGUAUGGAUUCCUUCUCAUAUUGGUCUCUCUCACAGUGAUAGAGUUGAUGCCCUCGCCAAAGAAGCGUGCAGUCUGCCUCCUCCAGCAGAAGUUGUGGCUCCCUCGUUCUCUUGUAUCCUGUCCCGGAUCUGCGCUGAUGCCGCCCACUCUAUCGACCACUUAAAAGACCAGCAGAGAAUUGAGAGUGUCACCAUCAGGCAUUAUGACACUUUUCGUUUUCAACGCUACAAGUAUCGUCGCCGUGGCGUCAUGGUUCGGAGGCACAAUGUGGUGUUCGCCAGGCUCCGUCUCGGCUACAGGCCUGUGUGGCAGGUUGCUGGCCAAGUGGAUGUCCCGCUCUUCUCGUGUCAUCUGUGUGGUAUACCCGAAGGAAAUUCUCUGGACCACUACUGCCUCCACUGCCCGGAAGUUGAUGGAUUGCUGCCUCGUGACCUCUCCCUUCUCUACAUUUGUUGGCACCUCUUAAAUGAAGAUCACCUGGAUGUCCUCCUUGCCCGCUGCCCACGCUUUGGUGGCUGUUAAUUGAUGUCCUGUUCUCCCUCGUAAAAUAGAAGAAGAAGAAGAAUGACGAAAGAAAAGAGAAAUUAGAAAUAAGAAGAACAAAGAAGAAAUUAUAAUACUUCAAGAAGCAAUGAAGAAGAAUGAAAGAAAUAACAACUCAAGAGAAGAAAGUAGGAAAGGAAGAUAAAAAAACCCAAUGAAUUAGGCGUACUCCACCUUCUGUGUGAGGGAGCACAGCCGUGUGUGUGACCAGCUGCUCAAGAUUCACUCCCCCUAGGACGAUAAGUGCCUCUCCUGUCAUCACUGGAUUGAGAAGGGCUGUCUGCUGCUGCCUGAUGCAAGAAAGAUUAGGCCGCCACCACCACCACCACUACCACCACUACCACUAUCACCACUAUCACUACCACUACCACCGCACACCUGCAAUGAUAGCCCAUUCCUGCCACAGCCCAAAGGCCCCUUCAAGUCUAGAGAGCCGAGAGGGAGCCGGUGAUCAGUGCCCAGGAGUGCAUAGCAAGCCGGCAGGAGUGUAUGCCUUCACAGGUGCUGGAGGAGACAUGGAGUGCUAGAGGAACGCUGCUGCUGCCCGUCAACUCUGCCAUGACUUAUUAGGCUUGUGUCAUUACAAGAGUUGAAGACAUGGAGUGGUGGAUGAACGCUGCUUCCAGUCAACUCUGCCAUGACUGAUUGGGGCUUGUCAGUCAUUAAAACUGAAGAGGAACACAUCUGUGUCAUCCUGUCUGUCUACAAGAACAAGUGGGAUCUGAUAGAAGAAGAGAAGUGUUCGUCGUGUCCGAGGAAUGCAGACCCAGGCAUAACACAUUAGAUUUUAGCAGUUUGUGUAUUCUGAUGGAAACAGGCGAUGGCAAAGGUUUGCAUGGCUAUAUGUACGUAAGUACAUGACACAUUGAAAGUGUGUUCUAUGAU